AGUAUAUUUUAUUGCCUAAGUUCAAAGAGUACAGGCUAUAAUUGACUGAAUUUCUGAAAUUACAUGUAUAGAGCAAGCAAGACUUAAAAUUCACCCUACAUUAACAACUGAAGUGGCUGGUGGUUUUUUGGAGGUCUCCUCACUGCCUUUUGUUGAUUAUUGUUAUUUUUUCUAUUCACGAUGUGGCAAAUAAAAAGGUGAUGAUGAUGUUGAGUUUUGAACAGUUUACAGACUGAGGUUCUUUUUUAAAUACAGUAAUUUUCCAAUGUGCUGUGCUUUUAAAAACUGUGAUUUUCACAAUUAUGCAAGCCAAAUUGACAAGCAAAAAUGUUUAUAAUGAUGUAAACGGAUUUUCUCUGAGUCAUUUAACCUAAACCUAAUUUAUUUCAGGACAUUUCAUCCAAGAAUGAUGCAAAUAUGACAUCAGUUUCAGCAUUUGAUCUCAGGUCCAAACAUGCAAUACCGACAACUUCACAGAGCAGUAACACACAUGAUGUCAUCACAACUACCCCUGUAGCCAUGAGAAGUUCAUUUGCUGUUGGGGCUCCAGGAGUUGUAAAAUAUGAAACUUACCAGUCUAAACUUGAUGAAAAGAAAAAAUGGCUGCAAGAUCUUGAACAACAGAUAAAAGAAAAGAAAGAAAGAGAGGCUCAAGAGAAAAUGCAGCAAUUACAAAAGGUAUCUAUAGAUGUUUCUUUUAGCGUGUGGAUUAAUUCAUGUUAUAUCAUUCAGUAG